AUGAUUGAAAAUAAAAUAGAACAGAACUGUGCACUCCACACAAAUAAAAAUUUAGAAUUUUUAUGUUUAGAUUGUAAAUUAAUACCAUGUUGUACAUUAUGUAUUUCUAGAGGAGGUGAACAUCAUCGUCAUGGAAUUGAUUCAUUAGAAUCAAUACAAACAUCUUCAAUUCUUUCAAUGAUGAAUAGUUUUAAAGAUGUUUAUCCAAAAGUAAUUGAAAGAAUAGAAAAUGAUCAACAGAUAUUAAAAGAUUCUGAUGAAAUUUUCAAUGAAAUUCAAUCACAAUAUAAUAAAAAUAAAAUCACACUAAACCAAGAAUUUAAAAAAAUUCAUAACAUACUUUCAAUACUUGAAUUGGAUAUUGAAAGACAAUUAACUACAGAUUUCGAAAUAAAUACAUUAAUAAAUACAACUAUAACCUCUUCAAUAAAUAAUGAUAUUGACAAUUAUAAUAAAAAUAAAAAUAAUAAUUCAAUCACAGAUAUAUUAAAUAUUUCUAUAAAAAAUAUACAACAAUAUAAUGAUGAUGAUUACUAUAAAAUAGAUUCAAAUUCAAUCGAAUUAAUAAAACAAUACCAACAAUCAUUACUAUUAUUAAAUAAUAACAAUAAUAUUGAUAAUUUAAAUAAAUUAAAAGAAUAUAAUAAUCAAACCAUUAAAUUCGAUAACCAAAUAAUUAAUGAUAUUAGAAGUAAUUUAAAAUUAAUCUAUUCUUUUGAAAAUAAUAAUAAUAAUAAUAAUAAUAAUAAUAAUAAUAAUAAUAAUAAUAAUAAUAAUAAUAAUAAUAAUAAUAAUAAUAAUAAUAAUAAAAAAACUGAAAAAUUAAAUAUUGAAAUUGAUGAAAAUAAUUUUAAAUUUAUAAAGAAACAAAAUAAAAAAUAUUAUAUUUAUUCAGAGAAUAAUGAAUUUCCAAAAAAUGAAGAAAGAAUUGCAUUUGGAGAAGGUUGUGGUAGUUUAUUAAAAGUUAAUUGGAAUAAGAAUUUAAAGAAUGUAAUGUUAUUAGAUGGAUUUGAAGAAAGUUUAGAACCAGGUAUAUUACCAGAUGGUAUUGUACAUUUAGAGAUAUUUGAUAUUAAAACAGAAUUAGCAGUUGGAUCAAUACCAUCAACAGUUACAAGUUUAACAUUUAAUGAUGGAUUUAAUCAAUCAAUUGAAGUUGGUAUUAUUCCAUCAAGUGUUAUUUAUUUAGAUUUACAUGAUAUUAAACAACCAUUAAAGAUUGGUUCAAUCCCACAAUCAGUACAAGAUUUGAAACUUUGCAAUGGAUUCUCUCAACCAUUAGAACCAGGUAUUAUUACAAAUAAAAUUAAAACAUUAAGUAUUCAUGAAAUUAAAACUCAAUUACAAAUAGGAUCAAUUCCAAAUAGCGUCACUCAUAUGGUAUUUUACGAUGGCUUUAACCAAUUACUUUCAGCAGGUAUUAUACCAGAAGGUGUUUCAUGGUUAUUCUUUUUUAAUAUAAAAAUCCCAUUAGUUGUUGGUUCAAUUCCUCAAUCAAUUUAUUAUUUAGUUUUCAGUGAUGGUUUCAAUCAAACAAUAUCACCAGGUAUAAUUACUAAUGGUGUGGAAAUUUUAUGUUUACGUGAUAUUAAACAACCAUUAGAAGUAAAUUCAAUACCAAAAUCUGUAACCAAUCUACUUAUUGAUAGUGGUUUCCAACAACCAUUAACACCAGGAAUCAUUCCAAAUUCAAUAAAAGAAUUAGCAUUAGGAAAUAUAAAAACUCAAUUAGUUGAAGGAUCAAUUCCAAAGAAAAUUCAAAAAAUUAUUUUAGAUAAAAAUUUCAACCAAUCCUUAGAAAUUUGUGAUUUAGAUAAGAGUGUAGAAAUAAGAACAAAUUAUUUAAAGUAA